UCCUACUAACUCUGUCAUACACACACACAGAGGACUCAGCACUCAGCAAGGCGAAUUCUCUGCAACUCUUCUGUCUCUUCCUCUUCCUCUUCCUCCCCAUCUUGUCCACCCCCAAGAGACAAAGAAACCUCCUCUCUGCUUCUUUUCUCUGUAAUAACCACCACAACCACAUAACAAAAAAAAAAAAAGAGGAGUGAAGAAAAAAAUACUCCGUAGUAAAACACAUAACCAAAAGCCAGAUUUCUGCCGUUUUGAGCCAAAACCGGACAUGGGUUUUUCUGCAUUCCUCUUCUUCUUUCUCAUCUUCAUCGGAAACCCAAAAUGGGUUUGCGGAAACUCAGAGCUCGUAGCUUUAAUGGAUAUCAAAGCCAGUUUGGACCCAGAAAGUCUCUACCUUUCUUCAUGGACCUUUAAUGGCGACCCUUGUGAUGGUUCCUUCGAAGGCGUGGCAUGCAACGGGAUGGGACACGUGGCGAACAUUUCUCUGCAAGGGAAAGGUCUCUCUGGGAAGCUCUCGCCGGCCAUUGCUGAGCUGAAGCACUUGACGGGGCUUUAUCUCCACUACAACUCUUUGUAUGGGGAGAUACCGAGAGAGAUUGCUAAUUUGACUGAUCUCGGUGACUUGUACUUGAAUGUCAAUAAUCUCACUGGUGAGAUUCCUCCUGAGAUUGGAACCACGGUCAACUUGCAAGUUUUGCAGCUUUGUUAUAAUCAGCUGAUCGGAAGCAUACCUACUCAACUGGGGUCUCUAAAGAAACUCACUGUACUUGCUUUGCAAUCUAAUCAACUAACUGGGGCUAUACCGGCAAGUUUGGGAGAUUUGGAAAUGCUAAUGAGAGUAGAUUUGAGUUUCAAUCACCUCUUUGGUUCGAUUCCCACCAAACUAGCUGAUACCCCAUUGCUAGAAAUUCUAGACAUUCGAAACAACACUCUCUCUGGCAGUGUACCCCUUGCAUUGAAGAAACUUAAUGAGGGAUUUGCUUAUCAAAACAACCUUGGAUUGUGCGGAGUUGGGUUUGCAUCCUUGAACCCUUGCAACUUUUCGGUUCACGUCGAUCCAAGCAGGCCUGAGCCUUAUGGAUCAGGUGCAAAUGGCAUUUCGACGAGAAAUAUCCCGGAGACUGCAAACGUUAACUUGCCUUGCAGGCAAACUGGGUGUGCAAAUGCGGCGAAAUCCCAUCAGGCUUCUGUUGUUGUUGGCACUAUUGCAGUAACUAUUGCAUUGCUGGCGAUCGGAAUCCUGUCUUUCACACAAUAUCGCCGUCGGAAGCAGAAGCUUGGGACAUCGUUUGAUGUCUCCGAUGCCCGUCUUAGCACUGACCAGGCUAAGGGGGUCACCAGGAAAAAUGGCUCUCCUCUUAUUAGCCUCGAGUAUGCCAAUGGCUGGGACCCUUUGGCUGAUGGAAGGAACUUAAGCGCGUUCGCGCAAGAAGUGUUCCACAGCUUUCGGUUCAAUCUGGAAGAGAUUGAGACCGCCACACACUACUUCUCGGAGGUGAAUUUGUUGGGCAAGAGCAACUUCUCCGCCACUUACAAAGGGAUACUGAGAGAUGGAUCUGUUGUUGCCAUAAAGGGCAUUGGUAAAACAUGCUGUAAGUCGGAGGAAGCUGAGUUCUUGAAGGGGUUGAACAUUUUGACCUCACUGAGGCAUGAAAAUCUGGUGAGGCUUAGAGGAUUUUGUUGCUCAAGAGGUAGAGGAGAGUGCUAUCUCGUCUAUGAUUUUGUCCCGAACGGGAAUCUGUUGCAAUAUCUCGAUGUGAAGGAUGGUGAUGGCCAAGUCCUUGAAUGGUCAACUAGAGUUUCAAUUGUCAAGGGCAUUGCUAAAGGUGUGGCAUAUCUACACGCCUACAAGCCAAACAAGCCUGCUCUUGUGCACCAAAACAUCUCAGCCGAGAAGGUUCUCAUUGACCAGCGGUUCAACCCGCUGCUCUCGGAUUCUGGCCUGCACAAGCUUCUCACCAAUGAUGUCGUCUUCUCGGCGCUCAAGUCCACUGCCGCCAUGGGCUACUUGGCCCCAGAGUACACCACCACUGGCCGGUUCACUGACAAAAGUGACGUUUAUGCAUUCGGGGUGCUUGUUUUCCAAAUCCUCUCGGGGAAACGGAGAGUCACAAGCCCAGCCCGUCUUGGCGCUGACUCUGGCAGAUUCCACAACUACAUUGAUCCCAACCUCCACGGCCGGUUCUUCGAAUACGAAGCAGCAAAGCUCACAAAGAUUGCUUUGCUUUGUACUCAUGAAUCUCCUCUUGAGAGGCCAUCCAUGGAAUCAGUAGUUCAGGAGUUGAGUAACUUCAGUAGCUGUCUCUGAUUCAAAAAGAAAGGAAAGCCUCUUUCUUAUCUUUUGGUCAUUACCUGAUAAAUUCUCGUUUGGUAAUGGCAAAAUAUCAAGAGAAUUAUCACUAACUGCUCACUUGGUAAUGGUAUAAAUCUAGAACCGAAUUGCUUUUUUAGUGUUUUGAUCAAGUCCUUUUCGUUGGGACUAAUUAGCCUUGUUGUGAAAGUUCUACAUGCUGGUUUCCAUUUGUGGAAAUGGAUAUAUAUUGUUGGGGGAUUUUCUCUUGUAAUCACCAUGUAUUUAUUGUGAUAUUUGGUUUGUAGAAAGGUGAAAAUUUUUCCUCCAUGAAUGAAACU